GUUAUUUCACUUUUUCUGCUCGCUAUCUUCACUCUCUCCUCGUUCCCGCCACUAACAAUCUUCAAUUCGCUUCGUCUCUCACUGCUCCCAGAUUCCACCUCCAGUUCAUUCUCUCCUAAAGUCGUACAGACGCGAGAUCUCCAUGGAACCCUAGCAUUUGGACCUCAAAGCCCUAUCUCUGAAUACUCCACGAUAUUAUCGAUUGAAGUCCAUCCGAAACCCUAAUUACGAACUCCGUCCACUAAAUUAUGCCCUCUUUGCUGUCUCCCGGGAAGAUUCUCCGUCUAGAGCUCGAGAAUUUCAAAUCGUAUAAAGGUCAGCAAAUCAUCGGCCCGUUCUAUGACUUCACUGCAAUUAUCGGUCCGAAUGGCGCUGGAAAGUCUAAUCUCAUGGACGCCAUAAGCUUCGUUCUUGGUGUGCGUUCGGUUCAAUUGCGAGGCGCGCAGCUGAAGGAUUUGAUUUAUGCUUAUGAUGACAAGGAGAAGGAACAGAAGGGAAGAAGGGCUUUUGUUCGGCUUGUUUACCAACUGAGUAAUGGCUCGGAGAUUCAGUUCACGCGAACGAUCACGAGUUCUGGAGGCAGCGAGUACAGACUUGAUGGAAAGAUUGUGACGUGGGAUGAGUAUAACAAUAAGCUGAAGUCGCUUGGUAUUCUUGUCAAGGCGCGAAACUUCCUUGUUUUUCAGGGUGAUGUGGAGUCAAUUGCGUCAAAAAAUCCCAAGGAGCUCACUGCACUUCUUGAGCAGAUAUCUGGUUCUGAAGACCUUAAGAAAGACUACGAGGAUCUAGAAGAACAGAAGGCCAGGGCUGAAGAAAAAUCAGCACUUGUUUAUCAGAGAAAGAGACAAGUAGUCAUGGAGAGAAAGCAGAAGAAAGAACAGAAAGAAGAGGCUGAAAAACAUAAGCGCUUGCAAGAUCAGCUGAAAUCUUUGAAAGAAGAGCAUUUUUUGUGGCAAUUAUUUAACAUUGGAAAGGAGUUGAAAAAAACAAAUGAUGACCUUGAAGCUGAAAAAAGAAAUUGUGAAGAGGUUCUGAAGGAGCAAGAGGCGUGUGAACAUGAAGUGAGUGCCAAAAAGAAAGAACAAGCUGGAUAUUUGAAAGAGAUUGCACUUUGUGAUAAGAAGAUUGUAGAGAAAAAGAGUAAACUUGAUAAGAAGCAACCUGAGCUUCUGAAGUUAAAGGAAGAAAUGUCCCGUAUUAAUUCAAAGAUCAAAAGUAGCCGAAAGGAGCUAGAUAAGAAGAUUGAAGAUCGGAGGAAGCAUGAUGAAGAAAUUAAAAAACUACAGAAUGAUCUGCAUGAUGUCACAAUAGAGUUAAACAGUCUAAAUGAAAAGGGUCAAGAUGGUGCUGGAAAACUACAACUAGCUGACAGCCAAUUAAAGGAAUACAACCAGAUUAAAGAAGAUGCUGGAAUGAAAACUGCUAAGCUGAGAGAUGAGAAAGAGGUUCAGGAUAGACAACAACAUGCUGAUAUUGAAGCUGAGAAAAAUUUGGAUGAAAAUCUUCAACAGUUGAGAAAUCGGGAGCAAGAGCUGGAGUCACAGGAGGAACAAAUGCAAACACGACUUAAAAAAAUUGUUGAUGCACUUGGGAAGCAUGAGGAAGAGCUCAAGCGAGUUAAAAAGGAUCUAUCUGCAAUGCAAGAUAAGCAUCGAGAAUCUAGGAAUAAAUAUGAAUCUUUGAAGUUAAAGAUUUCUGAAGUGGAUGAUCAGUUGCGUGAACUGAAGGCUGAUAGGCAUGAAAAUGAACGGGAUGCCAGGUUGUCCCAAGCUGUUGAGACUCUCAAGCGCUUGUUUCCAGGUGUUCAUGGUCGUAUGACUGAUCUGUGUAGGCCAACACAGAAGAAGUAUAAUCUUGCUGUUACAGUUGCAAUGGGAAAAUUUAUGGAUGCUGUAGUAGUAGAGGAUGAAAAUACAGGAAAAGAAUGCAUUAAGUAUUUGAAGGAACAAAGGCUUCCUCCUCAGACGUUUAUACCCCUGCAAUCAGUGCGUGUAAAGCCAAUAAUUGAGAGGUUGCGUGUGUUAGGUGGAACUGCGAAGCUGAUCUAUGAUGUGAUCCACUUCGACCCAGCUUUGGAGAAGGCUAUUCUGUAUGCUGUUGGAAAUACACUAGUAUGUGAUGAUCUAGAUGAAGCUAAGGUUCUUAGCUGGAGCGGGGAGAGGUACAAAGUUGUAACUGUUGAUGGCAUUCUCCUUUCAAAGUCUGGCACUAUGACUGGUGGUACUAGUGGCGGAAUGGAAGCAAGGUCAAAACAGUGGGAUGAUAAGAAAAUUGAAGGUCUUAAGAAAAACAAAGAACGAUAUGAGUCGGAAAUGGAAGAGCUUGGAUCAAUAAGGGAGAUGCAGAUGAAAGAGUCUGAAGCAUCUGGAAAAAUCAGUGGACUUGAAAAGAAAAUUCAUUAUUCAAAGAUUGAGAGGGACAAUAUUCAGGAGAAGCUUUUGAAAUUGAAGCAGGAAAAGCUAAAUAUCAAAGAAGAAAUUAAUCAUAUCGAGCCUGAGCUUCACAAAUUAAAAAGCCUAAUUGCUAAAAGGAAGACAGAAAUUGGGAAGCUUGAGAAGAGGAUUAAUGAGAUUGUGGACCGCAUAUACAAGAAAUUCAGUGAGUCUGUUGGAGUAAAAAACAUUCGUGAAUAUGAAGAAAAUCAGCUCAAGGCUGCACAACAGAUGGCCGAACAAAGGCUUAGCCUCAGUAACCAGAUGUCAAAAUUGAAAUACCAGUUAGAGUAUGAACAAAAACGGGACAUGGAGUCACCGAUCAUGAAACUGGAAUCUUCUCUUGAUGCUUUAGACAAAGAGUUGAAACAUGUACAGAAGAAAGAUGCAGAAGCCAGACUAGUGACGGAGAAAGCUACAACUGAGAUAGAUGAGUUGAAGAAAAAAGUUCUGGAGUGGAAGUCUAACUCAGAUGACUGUGAGAAGACCAUCCAAGAAUUGAAGAAGCAAUCUUCUAGUGUUGCAGCAAGUGUAGGAAAACUGAGCCGUCAAAUAAAUUCCAAGGAGGCACAAAUUGAACAGCUAAGAUCACGGCAGCAAGAGAUACUGGAGAAAUGUGAAUUGGAGCAGAUAAAACUUCCUACUUGCUCUGAUCCAAUGGAAACAGGAGAACCAUCACAGGAUCUGGUUUUUGAUUACAAUCAGCUUAGCAGAUCCUAUUUGCAGGACAUGAGACCCUCUGAGAGGGAAAAACUUGAGGUGGAAUUCAAGCAAAAGAUAGAUACUUUGAUAUCAGAAAUUGAAAGAACAGCUCCCAAUACAAAGGCAGUGGAGCAGUAUGAGUCCCUACAGAAGAAAGAGAGGGCCGUAAUUGAAGAGUUUGAAGCAGCCAGGAAGGAGGAAAAAGAGAUAACUGAUAAGUACAAUGCAGUAAAGCAAAAGAGGUAUGAGUUGUUCAUGGAUGCUUUCAACCAUAUCUCCAGUAAUAUUGACAAGAUUUACAAGCAACUCACGAAAAGCAACACACUCCCGCUGGGUGGAACAGCAUAUCUGAACCUAGAAAAUGAGGAUGACCCUUACUUACAUGGCAUCAAGUACACUGCAAUGCCCCCAACAAAGCGAUUCCGUGACAUGGAACAACUAUCUGGUGGGGAGAAGACUGUUGCAGCACUUGCGUUGCUCUUCUCUAUUCAUAGUUACCGGCCUUCUCCAUUCUUCAUAUUGGAUGAAGUUGAUGCUGCAUUAGAUAAUUUGAAUGUUGCCAAGGUUGCUGGAUUCAUUAGGUCAAAAUCUUGUGAUGGAGCUAGGAGUAAUCAAGAUUCUGAUGGUGGCAGUGGUUUUCAGAGUAUUGUUAUCUCACUGAAGGAUAGCUUUUAUGACAAGGCUGAAGCAUUGGUUGGAGUCUACAGGGAUUCAGAGAGAAGCUGCUCAAGAACAUUGACAUUUGACCUGACCAAGUACCGGGAGUCAUGAAACCAUUGGUGAAGGCUGCGGUAGGUUGUAAAAAUUGUUGCAUUGAAGUAAGUCAAAUGCUUGAGUCCUCGUAAUCAAUUGUUUCUGUAAAUAUCUUCUGUGAAUUGUAUGUUAAGAAGCUACUCUGUCAAUAGGAUAUUGAAACAGUAGUGUAAAAUCAUCAAGCUACAACUAGGUACUCCCCCUUUUUUUUCUUUUAAUCUAAUCAUUAAAUUAUAUGGUCUGUACUUUACUCUCCGCGUCCAGAACUCCAAGAAGACUGGCAGUGAUGUUGCCAAAAUGUUACUUUGAAAUGUUCUAGGCUAAACUGAAUUGACUGAUCCUGCUCCCAUCUGUUGCCACGCGUUUGACACAAAUGUUGGUGGUUAUCUUUCCUUUCC